AUCGGUUAUUUUUAAAAUGAGUCUUUUCGUUUGGAACGACAAAUCAUGGAUGUUUGUGGAAAACCCUUUAGAAUACGAUAUGAGAAACUUUGUUAUCGUUCGAAAACUCUUCAUUAAAUGGAAAAAAUCGAAUGACAAACCGUUCUCGACCGACGAAAUCAAACGUGGUUUGCGAUUGUUUGGGCCAAUUGAAUCGAUUCAAAUAUUAAAUGAAUUGAAGACCAGUCUUGAAGUCUAUGUGCUGUAUGAAAAAUGUCAAAGUGCAUUUGAAGCAUUUUAUGCAAAUCGAAGUGGUAUUUUGUCAACACCAAAUUUACUCCAAAUUGUACCAGCCGACACAUGGCACCAACCAGACUCACAUUCGAUAUGGAACACAAUCGAUCCAGAGAAAUGCUCCAUUUUGAAUUUAAAUGACGACUGUUUGCUGCACAUCUGUACAUUUCUCGAUUUCGAUACGUUGAUUAAAAUGGCGUAUGUUUGUACGAGAUUUAAGAAUCUAUUGGAUGAAUUCUAUUUUCCAAAGAGAAAAAUUCACAGCAUUCUCGUUUUUCAUGCAUCAUUAAACUCAAUACGUUUAGCGAUGAAAUGUAUUGGACCACACUUGGAACAUUUGACUCUGCGAUACAGUAACCAUUGCGUCAAAACAAAAAAUUACCUGCAAUCAGAGCACGAAGAACGAGCAACGUACAAAAUAUUACAGUACUGUGGUGAAAAUUUGAAAAAAUUAUCGAUUCACAAGCCGGAAGGACGAAAACCAUUGGAUAAACUGUGCGACUUAUUGAUGCCUGCACUACGAAAAAUUGUAUGCUUAGAGUGGAACACCGAUUUUGAUUGUAGUACUAUUGAAAAACUACACGAACUUUCACCACAUUUGGAAACGCUCAUUUUGAAAAAACGAACGUUCAGCUGUGAAUGUAAGCACAUCACGUCACACUUACAUUGGCCAACGUUGAAGAGUCUUUCAACUUUUCAACAUAUGUUCGCUUUAAAUACACCUUGUCAACAAUAUUUCGAACGGUUCAUCUACUUGAAUCCCCAAUUAAAGCGACUUAAACUCACCAAUGUCAAUGGGGAACUGUUUAAUGUGAUUACUGAACAUUGCGAAAAUCUCGAAUAUUUGGAAAUGCUACAAAAUUCCGAUCAAUGUAACAUUCACUCUGAAACAACAAUACAUUUACUGAAAAAAUAAAAAAAACUUAAAACAUUUGUGUUGCGGAUCAAAAGGACCGAAUUUCUGUCGGAUGUUGAAAAUCAAAUAAAAUCAUUAAGUCAAGUAAAACAACUCGAAUUGAUUGUUUUGUUGCGAAACUAUUCACUUCCAGUGUGGCCGCCGGAACAUUUUCCAUACACACAUCAUUCUUCAAAAAUUUCGAUAGAUAAUAACAGAUUAAGUCUACAAAUUUGCGAAAAUUCAACAUGCAUCGAGUAUCCGAAGGGAAAAACCACUUUGGUCAAUAUUAUCAAUUCAAAUAAUCCGAACGAAUCGUCAAAUUCAAGACUGGAACAAGAUAUUCAACUUACACUCGAUUCAUCAAAACAAUAUUUUCCAGAAUGUCAAGAAAUUAUGAAAUUCAAAACUGUCCAUUGCUAUCAAUACAU